AUGGAUCCUGAAGGUUUCACGAGUGGCUUAUUCCGAUGGAACCCAACUAGAGCAAUGGUCCAAGCACCAACUCCGAUUCCUCAACCGCAGCAGCAGCAGCAACCGCCGGCAACACCGCAAACGGCAGCGUUUGGAAUGCGACUAGGCGGUUUAGAAGGUUUGUUCGGUCCUUAUGGAGUACGUUUUUACACGGCGGCGAAGAUAGCCGAGUUAGGUUUUACGGCGAGCACGCUUGUGGGCAUGAAGGACGAGGAGCUUGAAGAUAUGAUGAAUAGUCUCUCUCAUAUCUUUCGUUGGGAGCUUCUCGUUGGUGAACGGUACGGUAUCAAAGCUGCGGUUAGAGCUGAACGGAGACGUUUGCAAGAAGAGGAAGAGGAGGAGUCAUCUAGACGCCGUCAUUUAAUACUCUCCGCCGCAGGUGAUUCCGGCACUCAUCACGCCCUUGAUGCUCUCUCCCAAGAAGAUGACUGGACAGGGUUAUCAGAGGAGCCAGUUCAUCGACAAGACCAGACUGAUCAUGCAGCGGGGAUCAACGGUGGAGGAAGAGGAGGUUAUUGGGAAGCAGGGCAGUCAACUACGAAGAAGCAACAGCAGAGACGCAGAAAAAAAGUGAUUGUAACGUCAGUGGAAACCGAUGACGACGGUGAGGAUGAAGACGCGAUGGAUAUAGUUAACGGAGGAAGUGGUGGUGCGUUGGGGAUGGAGAGACAAAGGGAGCAUCCGUUUAUUGUAACGGAGCCAGGGGAAGUGGCACGUGGCAAAAAGAACGGUUUGGAUUAUCUUUUCCAUUUGUACGAACAAUGCCGCGAGUUCCUUCUUCAGGUUCAGACCAUUGCUAAAGAUCGUGGCGAAAAAUGCCCUACCAAGGUGACGAAUCAGGUGUUCAGAUUCGCCAAGAAAUCAGGGGCGAGUUACAUAAACAAGCCAAAGAUGAGACACUACGUUCAUUGUUACGCACUCCACUGUCUAGACGAAGAAGCAUCAAACGCACUUAGAAGAGCGUUUAAAGAACGCGGCGAGAACGUUGGGUCGUGGCGUCAGGCAUGUUACAAGCCACUUGUGGACAUAGCUUGUCGUCAUGGGUGGGAUAUAGACGCUGUGUUUAACGCUCAUCCUCGCCUCUCAAUUUGGUAUGUUCCCACUAAGCUGCGUCAGCUCUGCCAUUUGGAGAGGAACAAUGCGGUUGCUGCGGCUACGGCUUUGGUUGGUGGUAUUAGCUGUGAGGGAUCGUCUGCGUCUGGACGUUUUGGGGUUUAA